AUGGUGCUGAAGGCUCACGGCGGAGGGAGGGCUUACUGCAGUGGCGACAGAAAAUACAAGAAAGAUUUCAGAGCAAAAUCUUUCCUUGCAAAACCAAAGAAAGAUUUCAGAGCAAAAUCUUUCCUUUCAAAAACAGUCACAAAGCCAAGUCAAUAUACACUUGGGGACGGUGCUUGCAGCUCGAUAAAAGGUCAAUGCCAAGCAGCAGUGUCUUUUCAUUUGCAGAAAGCUUCAACUGCUAAACUAUCAUCCUCUCUGCUUUUCUUCAGAUCCCUGUGCCGUGGUGGGUGCUGGAGCUUCUAUUCGGCAAGAUCAGAGCAUUCUCUACAAACCCAUCAGCUGUCUAGUGACUCAGGGAGGUGCAGAGAAGCCGGUUGGAUUUUGAUCAGAGGCUGGCAGUCUCAUUACAAUAUUUUGCAAUUCAGUUUGAAGAAAUAUCCAAAACCACUCGUGGGCAAUAAAUUUAAGAACCAUCCAGUACCAAUGGCAGGUGACCAAGAACUUUCAUGCCCACGAGGUGAUGGCUUACUAAUUGAACAAGCUCCCCAAGACCCUCCUCAAAUCGCUCCUCUUAUCCCCUGCUCUGUUUGGAAGCAAUCGAUUUCUGGACUGAAAACAAUCUCAAUUUACGUAUUAUUGACUACUUGUUGAGAAGGAUUUUGUUAUAUGGCUUAAAACUUUGACUCAGACCGACCCGUAACUGUUUCAAUUUAUAUAUUUGUUAUGGGUUGGCAGAUUUCACGUUCAUAUAUAUAUAUAUAUAUAUAUAUAAAAUGAGUUGGUGGAUUGUGUUUCUGUCCCAAA